CCAACACACUUUCAUGAAUGGGAAUCGAACUUUGACGCCCAGGCGAUGUCAUCGACGCGUCAUUCUUUGCGUUCUGACGUUUAAAAAAUAAUCUUUUAACCUCUAAACAAACGUCUGAAAUCAAUUGCCGAUGGCGAUCGAUAAUUAUCGAUAAAAAAGCUAACUCAGUGUUUAAUAUUGCGGGAGGAAAAAUGUUCCAAUUUGAGAUUGAUCAAAGUGUUUUUAAUUUCACGUAACGAAACGAAACAUAACCUAUCAACGUUCCGUUAAUCGCUGGUAUAUUUCGCAAAGAAAUUCGUCGAAAUGAUGCUUAUGCUUUCACGAUCAGUUGAAUCGCCUAUGUGAAUCAAUUGUCGCAAUAGAAUCAUAACAAUAAAGGGAGCAAUAAUAAUAACAAUGGGACGAAGAAAACCUCGCGUGUGACUCAAUGAAAAAUGAUGUAAUCACGAGAAACGGGACGCUGCCGUUGUUACGAUAAUAUGGUUAUGGCAGGGAAUGAGAAUGGGGCGGGACUGGCGACGGAGGAACCGCUGACAUCGAGGCUACAGUGGCUGCAGCAGCGUCGUCAAGCUCUGCAAGAAAAGUUACUUCAAAAGAACAACGAACUCAAAAAUCUUUGUAUAGACGAGGCUGAGCUAACCGGGAUUCUGCCGCCGGAAAUACCGCUGGAGCCUGGGGAAAGUCCCCCGAGUUUUCGGCGAAGAGUUGGCACUGCUUUUACCUAUCCCCAAAAUCUUAUAAAUAAACUCAAGACGACUGAAGCGGAGGAAUCUGCGUUAGAAUUGGAACGCCAAGUACAAGUUGGAAUUGCCGAAGCUGCAUUGGGAAUCUUCAAUGACGCAGGGGAGAGCAAAGCUGUACGUCGCAAGCACAGACUUGUCUAUCAACAGAGUCAACGCCGUCUUCAGGAACUGGACGCUCGUCUCAACUUCGUCAGACAGGCGCACGGAAAGAGUCAGCGAGCUUCACAGGUUCCCCAUGUUUCGUCGUACGCAACUCAACCCCAUCCACAAAGAGAUGGAAAGCAUAGGACCAAAAAGCCUCGACCGCCGUUAGAAUCAACUGGUAGCGACAGAUCAUCGAAAUCGUCCAGAGGCUUGCUUCAAGAAGGCGGGGUCAGUCUCAGUCCCUUGGGGCAAGAGAACAACUACAGCACUUAUCCAGGAACGGGAUACCAGGAGCCAGAGCACCUGCACUCCCCGCUGACAACUGUCUACAAUCAAAACCGUAUGCCUCAUCCGAUAGCCACCGUCACAACUCGUCAGCAAAGUCCUAAGCUGCUUUUAGACAGCGACCUGAACGACAAUCAUAACGUGUACAUACUCCCUGAUCAAUAUCGUGCGAGAACCUAUUCCCACGGAAGCGGAGGUUCGCGGAAUCCGAACCACUACCUGGACGCGGAAAGAAAUUAUAGACCCGUCCCCAACACGUACACAGAACAGGAGAGGCUGCUGCGUUACCGGCAAUUGCAGCUUCAACAGCAGCAACAACAACAGCAACAGCUGUUGCAAAAUCAUCAGCAAUACCCAGAGUACAAAGUUCCCGACAAUGAGAUUCUACGGUUUCAUUCCACCGGACCGCAGUUCUACCAGGAAAUGGAAGGCAACGUUCGUCGUUACGUUCACACGCCUGACUAUCAGCCGGGUUUCGGUAAGCAGCAACAACCCCAGCGGAGAGAAAUGCGGGAAAUGGUCGGUAGCAGAGUUUCGUUGAGAACGAAUGGGCCCCCGAAUGACCCGCACCAGCCACCCGGGUACUGGAUGCGAUACGAAGACGAGAUAAUUUGGUGCCCGGACGAGCAGCCGGUCGAUAAAUUCGGGAGCUUGGAUCGCAGGAAGCGCCAUACUUCUCAGCACGGAAAAACGACGGGAGGGCCGAAUAAUGCUGACCAUCAGAUUCGGUACCACACCGUGGCGGGGAGCAAAAGCACGUCGCUUCUACCGCGGCAUAACGUUCCCCUGAAUCCCCCGCAGCAGGAACAAACGGCAACUCAACCCCCGAGCAGGAUGCUACUCAGAACACAAUCUCUCGGGAGUGUAGAGACGUGGAAUUCGGGACAGUCGCACGACUCACAGGACAAGGACACCACCGACAACGCCAGCUCCAAGGGCAAGGAGAAAGGGUGGCACGAAACUUCCCUCGAUUCCGGUCCCAGCCCCCCAGCUAUGUCCGGCAUCGUUCACCGCCCGUUGAUCGGGGGUGCUUUAAAGACUAAAACAGUAGCCAGAGACGCCUCAGUGACGGAGGAGCCAAAGCGAGGGCCGCAGAGUCGCUAUCAUCAGCCUCAAAAGAUUUUCGAAAUACCAGCGGAGUCGAAACUGCCGGAUAACAACAACGAACGGAGCUUGGAAUCGCCGAACAAUUGCACCGUAGUUCAGGCCGGAAAGUACCAGCCGUACAGAGAGGUGACGAAACCCUUUGAAAUGUCAGAUUUCUACAAAUACUCGACCAAGUAUCGCAAGCGAAACGAGAACGCCGCUGCCAUUCCGGCUGCGUCGCAAAGCUCGAUUGUUAUCGGCACAAAUGCCACGAUCGCGGCUAAUUCAUCCAGUACUUCAAAACUGCCCCAAGAUCCUAGGGUGAAUAUGAUGAUACAAAUGAGUCAAGAACUGAGGCUGGAAAAUUUAGAGGAAAGAACUGUGCCCAGUCCCGUUCAAAAAAGGAUUUAUCAACCCCUUCAACGAAUGACUUGUCAGCCGUACAACGCGCUGAGGUAGUUUUCAAUAAUAUAGGAUGAAGUAACCGACACCCUGACAGACAUGUCGUGUGUUGGAAGCACUUUUUUCCUUCUCAAUAAAUUACUCGUAAUUAAUUGCAGGCCGGAAGAAGGGGGCGAGGAGUGGUACGUUUCGGAAAAAGAAGCGGCAUCAAGCGCAACGCUGGUUUAACAGCAGCGUGGAAUUCAAUGUCACAACGUUGAAGAUACUUUGUG